AUGGCUUGUCCGGCUCUCUCUCUUCGUCCCCACGUAGCCUCUUCCCUCCCGCUUCGGGAGAGGUCCCCCGCGAAUCGAUGGCGUCUGAGAGUUUCGAGCUCCCUCCGCGAGGGGCGGCGCGGGGCGAGUUUGACGGCGGAGGGUUUGAGAAAGUGGGCCGCGGAUUCCGGGUUGAAAGUGGCCAAGGUCCUCCUCUCCGGGGCGGUGGUUCUCGGAGUGUCUCUCUCCGGUGUGUGCACGUCUGCAUAAUCUCCGAUUGCUACCGCUUUUCUCGCUGCUCCGUGCGCGUUGUUUUGUCUCUCAUGUCCGAUCAUGAUAUCAGCCGGGCUCUCUGAAUUCGUGUUCUUCUUCUCUGAUUUCUCUCCGUGGUCGCCGUAUAAGGAAGGGGGAUUGCUUCCCUACCGCCAUUGUCAACUCGAAAUGCAGUAGUUUCCUUUCUGUAGAUUUUGCUUGGAUGAGCUUACUCAUGGCGAUGCUAGGGCUAUCGAUUACCGAUACUGAUUAGGCAGUCAUCAGAGAUUUAGCUGUGGCGUGCAUUCAGAAGCACCUAACCGGAGGAGAAUAGGGGAUGGGAACAGAAACAGAGAUAACCCAAAAAAAAAGAUUUUUUUUUCCCAAGCAUUCCUUUUGGCCAUUGAAUCUGGCCUUGUUCUUGAGUUCAGAAAUCCACGGAAAAGAAGAAAUUAUUUUCUUCUUCUACAAAAAAACUAAUGGGUGUCUAAAUUUAUUUUCAAAUCACUGGUUUGAUCAAUACACAUGAAUUUUCGCUUCUUUCUGGAUUUUUUUUGAUUGUGGACAGGUAAGAAGAGCGUGCCAUAACCGAUGAGCUUUGAUUAUGAAUAGUUACCGGUUGAUUAGCGCCUGGAUCUUGCUCAACAUUCUGUGGAAGCUUACGGAUCUAGAUUGUAUUCAACUACUGUAGAACUUGAUCUUUACCCACGGUUAAACUGAUGAGCUGAAGGAAGCAUCAUUUCCUUGAAACUCUGCAGGACUUGGUGAUGUCGAGGCAAAGGUCGGAGUUAAUAAGCCAGAAUUGCUCCCAAAAGAAUACACUCCAGUGAUUGAUGUUGCUGGAUUUUUAUCUGCGGGGCAGGUCUUUCUCAAAUCUCCCUGCAUGCGCUUGCCUUCCAAUCACCUCUCUGUACUUGAGCCAGAUUUCGUUGUUCUGAAACGUUUGAGAUAUGCCCCACCAAUGUCAAACCUUAAACAUUACGUUUACUCAAUUAUAUAUAUUUUUUAAUUUUUUUUGGGUUCAUUUUAUUUAUUUCUUCCAUUACUUAUUACCUCGGCGUUUUUAUAUUAUUUUAACUACCUAGGCCGUAUUAGUAUCUCGGCUAUGCAAGCCAGACAGGUAAACUGUUGCCUUCUCAUGGAACAAUGCCUCGCAUGCUGAUAUGUGCCAGAUGAUCUUUAGGAGAACCGACUGAUCCAAGAGAUCACUGAUCUUGAGAAGGACACAGGAUACAAGCUGAGAAUUCUAUUGCAGAAUUUCCCUGACACACCAGGUAUAACAACACCGCAUCUGCACUCGUUUUUUCUGGGUUCCAAUUCUGAUUAAAAGGAGGCAAUGCUUGGAUAUCUCUCUUUCUUUUCCUGAAGAACUCCAACCAUCUUCCCAUGGGAUGAUAGAGAUUUACUGCUCCCUAACUUAUUGAUUCUUUUUUUUUCAUAUAUAUAUAUAUAUAUAUUUUCAGGAUUGGCUAUUAAAGACUUUUGGAAUGUCGAUGAUAGAACCAUAGUCUUUGUUGCGGACCCAACAUUUGGUGAGGCUUAGAUCAUGUGUUGUGCUUGUUAAACAUUCGUGUGAAGCUCUAAAGUCUUGGAUUAUAUGCGCUUUCAAAUUUUUUUCAAUCCAUCUUUGCUCGCCACACGGAAGAUUCAUAGGCUUUGGUUUUCUCAGCAGAAACACCACCCCCUCUCAUCUCUGUUUUUUCUUUCUUCGCAAUCCAUUGGUGAACCUCAGACGGGGUCAAAGGUCCUGGUCUCACGGAGAAUUAGCUGUCUUUUGAGGCAUUUUUAUCGUUCUUUUUGCUCAGAUUUCAAGGGAGGGUUGACUUUUCCCUUGAAAUCAGAUGUGUCUUAAGAUUGGUCCGUUUCCUGUUUCAAACUUCCUCGAAGAUUAUCCAGACCGAGUCAGUUUCAUAUAAAUAUCCCCACUAAUAAUGGAGGCCAUGGCAGGCAAUAUCUUGCAUUUCAACGUGGGUGCAACAGUUGACUUAGAGGUGCCCCGGAACUUCUGGAGUCGCGUGGCAGGGAAGUAUGGGAACAUGUUCUACUGGAAAGAAAAGGUCAAGACUUCCCCACUCAUAACAGUCUCUCCUAGAUCAGGGCAUGUGAUUACAUAAAUCCUUCAUUUAGGGUUCUGGGUGUUCUUGGAGACAUCCAAAGCUUCUCCUUGGCUAUUCCUUGAUGAGGUGCUUCUUCCAUGGCUGAAACAGGGGGAGGACAGGUCCAUCGAAGACGCUGUGAAGGCCAUAUCAGGCUGCCUGAGGGACCCACUCGACGCCAAUAGCUGCUCCGAGUUCCUCUGA